GUCAUCAAUUCACAUUUUCAUUCUCAUUCUGUCAAACUACGUUCCACGGAGUAGUGCGUCGCGAUAUUUAUUUCGAUCAAUGUUUUUGUUAUGAUUAAACUCGCAAUAAACAUUAUUUAGAGAGAUCUCUUAUCACAAGGUUAUAACCAUACAGAGGAUUAUUAUUUAUUAUUGCAGCUGCGUAAGACAAUUGGGCAAUAAAGCCGCACGCGAUUCGCGAAACUGUUGACGAAAUUCGCAAGAUAGAAUUGGAAUUAGAAAAAAUAGAUUUUUCGUCGUCGAAAAUGUGAAUUUGUGCGGGCGUGUGUAUUUUUGUUUCUAUUAUUGUGAUGUGAACCGAUGUGUCCUUUAGUUUUCGGUACUUUGGAACGAUUUGUUGUUGUUUUGUGAUCUAUUUAGGUGAUGCAAAAUGGGCUCGACGGGAGUCACUUUGGCAGACUUGCCAAAUAUAUUUAUUAUGAUUGGGGCCCUCGUUGCCUUCUUUAUGAUGCUAGUCAUACUCCUGAGGAACAUGGAGUUCAUAGGCAUAGUGGGCGAGGGACGUGACGACCCCUGGCCGCGGUCCAUGCAGCCGCCGCGGCUCCUCAUGCAGAGGGUCCACAUACCCUUCACCUUCAAACUGCAGGAGAACCAACCUAUAGGGUACAGCAGUGUAAGGUCCUGCGUAUCGUCCACAGUGCGCUACUGGCACGCGAGCUGGUGGGGCGCGCCCGUGGGAGACCUGCACCAGACGCUGUGGGGCACGCUGCCGGAGAUCCUCGCGUCGAGGCAUUUGAGCUUCACCAGAAGUAACGCGCACGACGAGAAAGAACUGAAACUUUCGUCGGAGCCGCUACAGUUGGGGGCGCCGCCUCGAACCUGCUACCCUCUCGUGGUGAUCCUGGCGCGCGACCAGCGGGACACCGCCGAGCUGCGGCCGGACGACACGGUAGCGCUGAUAAGUGUGGUGCAUAUACAGGACGAGCAGUGCCGGCUGCCCAGCGGCAUCAUUGCGCAGUACCUCAAGCAGGCUAACGGACACUUGUCUUGUUUGAAGCAACUGUAUGUAUCGGGUGAGGCGGGCGAGGCAGGCGAGAUGGGCGAGGCGGGCGGCUACGCGCGCGGCGAGGCCCUGUGCUGCGUGUGCGCGUCGGCGCCGCUGUCCCGCGCGCUGCUGCCGUGCCGACACGCGUGCCUCUGCGCGCGCUGCUUACCGAAACUGGACAAGUGUCCCAUCUGCCGGAGUGUGAUCACCAGCUACUUCUGCAUCCGCAACGAGGAGGAGCCGAUGGAGCUGAAGCAGCAGUUCCCUUUGAACCGUCGGCUCCUGAAUCUGUUCCACUACCACUAGCAGGCAGCUAGCCGUCAUCGUAGGCCAAGAGACCGUGGUAUAAAAUCCAAACGUAUGGAAACUGUCAGCUAAUAUUAUUAUAGUAGGGGAGCCUGGGAUCGUAAAUUUGCAGUUACUUAAGCGACGUGAGGAUCGAUGACAUUUAAUAGAUUAAAUUAUAGUUUUUUGUUUGGUUGUAAGUACAAACACUCAUCGAAGUGUCUAUGGACGCAAUAAAUACACGUACUUUUUAUUUCUCAUUAAAAUGAUGAAUAACUAAUACUGUUGGUUCAAAUGGGUGCAUAGUAAACAAUAAUUAAAAGUCAAAUGGAGAUGGUCCAAAAUUCUAUGGAGCCCAGGGUCAAUUGUACCCUAGCGGAAAUAAAAGAAAAUAUUUUUUUAAACUAUUUUUGAUUAUACAAAUCUACGAAUUUACUUUAAUUCUUUCGAAAUAAUAUUCAUUAUCUCCCAAGAAAAGCAACGCUAAUAAGGGUAAUAAUGGCGGAUAGAUGACGUUUUCAAUGCAAUAAUCGAUUUGACGUUUGCUGUCAAUUGUCAUGUCAUAGUUUCUCUAUGGGCGCCAUCUUGAUAUAACUCAAAAACUUGGGUUUUUUCAUUUUAUUUGUUUCUUUUUAUUUACUUAGAUUUAUUCACUUUAAUAAAUUUUAAUAAAAUUCUUGUAUUUUUUAAAAUUUAUUGAUACGGGGUACAAGAGUGGACCAUCUCCUUUCUGUAUAGACUGCAACACGCAUAUGCGGCUGUGCAAAUAUUUGGUAAGGUGACUUCAAAGUUAUUUGACGCAAAUCCGUUAUAUUGUUAUAUUGGGCAAAAUGCUGAUUUUACAAAAAGGCACCUUCCUCUGAUUUCCGAAAAGGAAAAAGAUUAUUCUGUCUGACACCUUAUGACCAAUCACAAUCUUGAUCUUAUCUUACAUGCCAAUUUGAAAUUAAAACCAUUUUAAUGAUAUCUAUUUACUUAACUAUUAUUUUUUUCAAACAGCCAUAGAUAAAACAACAAAUCAGAAAAAAUAUUAUUAUUAAAAUUCGUCGUUGUAGUUUAAUUCAAAGGAUUGACUGACGAAUCGUGUUUCAAUUCGUCAUUAAAUUAACUUUUAAAUUAACAUUUGACACCCACAAAAUAGUUGACACACAAUACAGAAACAGUUAAGUCACAGUGAAAUGGAACUUGUGCUUUUGUUUUAAAGCUCAAUAUCACUUGACGUCGAUUGUCAGAUGUCAGUUCUGGUAAUUUAUAGUGUAUGAAAAUUAUAAAUACAACUCUCAUAUCCACACUUAAAUCUAUUAUUAACUUUCCAAUUUUUAUGUUAUUUGAAUUAUAUUUUAUGUUUAUAAUCCGGCCAAUUUAGACAUUCGAAGUGACCUAAAUUCCCACCAAGCUGAAUAUUGGUAAGAUUGUUUAAAAUAUCAUUAAAAAUAAAAUCUGAAAGUUCCUGAUCUAUCCUAUCUGAAAACCUUAAAUAUUUUUUUUUCCUUACAGGGGAAAGAAGGGGAACUUUCAAAUUUUGUUUUUAAUGAUAUCUUAAUCUUUCCGAUUUUCAGCUUGGUGGGAAUUUAGGUAACUAUACUCUUAUUUUUUGGUUUAAUUUGACCGGACUAUUAGUAUUGUUGCAUACUUAUAAAGUAGCGGACAAAAGAAAGCAUAAACUAAACUUGACAACUAGUCUUCAUUGCUUUUAAUAUUAAGUUGGGUCAAUUGAAUCGAUAUUUAAAAAAAUAUUGAUUAAUUUGUAAAAAUACAUAUUAUGGUUUUACUUAUUAAGUCUAUUGCUUUCGUUCCUAAUGUUUAUUGUAUGAUAUAUUUCAUCGAUACAUAUUAUAUGCUGAGUACAUACUUUCCAUGUUUGAGCUACCAAUCUAUACAUAUCUAUGCUAAUAUUAUUAAGCUGAAGAGUUUGUUUGUUUGUUUGAACGCGCUAAUAUCAGGAACUACUGGUCCGAUUUGAAAAAUUCUUUCAGUGUUAGACAUCCCAUUUGUCGAGGAAGGCUAAAGACUAUCCCCGUAUCUUUAUCGAGGACGGCUAUAUAUUAUCCCCGUAUUCCUACGGGAACGGGAACCACGCGAGUGAAACCGCGCGGCGUCAGCUAGUUAUAAAACAAAAUCCGCCGCUGUGUCUGUCUGUCUAUUUGUUGUAGAAAUAUAAAUACAAGGAAAAUCUUUUCGUUACUUUCCGUUCCCGUGACGGGGAUUAAUUUUUAUUAAAGUCAUAAAAGUAUGUACUUCGCUUUUUCCAUUUACAUCUAGAUUGAAAUACAAUUUUACUUUUUUUUUUUAUUUAUCUCCGAUCAACAAUAAUGUAUACACGCAUGAUUGCUUUGGGAGGUAGCAGGUUUUAAGGGUCUAGACCCUUAAUUUUCCAAGUACACACUAUAAUUUUUAUUAUCUUUUCUAUGGGAUAUCAUACCCUCAGAUGUCAGACACAUUGGUGGCAAUCUUUCCUUUCUCUAGACAUCUUUUUAUAUAGGAAAUAUUGUUGAUCGAAGAAAAUAUUCUAUUAUACAGGUUGCUCGGGACCAUAACUCUAGGAUUGUAUUCUAUAAGAAAAAUUAAUUAAAUAUGUCCAAGGAACAUGUGUUGUAGAAUUAAUGUUUUAUUAGUAAAUAAUAUUUCUUUUGUAAACAGAUCUUAAAAUGUGUCCCUUAUCCUUAAAAUUGUGGUGUAGCCAAAAUUUUAAAUUUUAAAAGGCAAGUUUAGAUAAAGGCCUGUAUUACAUGGAUAAUCGAAAUUAUUAGAAUUACUUUGUAUGAAAAUAUAAAAACUUUUUUUUUAGGUAAUAAAAUAUUUGUUAUGCAUUUCGGCUCCUAUAGGUGGACUCGUCAACACCUUGAAGUUAUGGGAAAUACUCCCGAGCACCCUGUAUAUUUUGUCUUUCAAUUGAAUACUACUAGUUGUAUUAUAAAUAGUGUAAUAAGUACACAGUGUAUAUUAUUUAACUGACACUGUAUGGGUGAAGAUAUUUGUUUUGUGUAAAAGUUUAAUUCUUUAUCCAAUCUUCAAAUUUUCAGUUUUUUUUUCUUCCAUCACCAUACAAUGAAACUACACCGAUCAUAGUGACUAAUUUAAUUACAUAAUUAAUAUAAAUGUAUAUUUUUAACUUUUAUAAACUCCUCACGCUUGAUAAAAAAUAAUAUUAUACCAAAAUUUUAUUUACGUAAAUUAGCUUUAGUUUCUUAAAACAAUUGUAUUGUCUGUUAUGAUUUCUGAUUUCUCCAUACGGUUCAGUUAAAUAAGAGACCCUACACACAGCGUUUGACGAGCGUAAGAACCCAAUGCCAUGGCGUGCACAACAUAUUCAAUUAGGGUACUAACCCGUACAAAUUGUACAAAAUGGAUAUUCUUUCACCAACAAUGUCCGUCCUGCAGUCUAAUUCACUAUCUUUGACGUAUGCCAGUUGACAUGUACGAAAUUGAGAUUCUAUGUAACAAAUGUCAUCCGGUGCUUACUGGUGGAUAUACAGUGGGUAAAUGACAUUUUGUCAAUUGAUUUUGUAGUGUUUGUGUAUACUAAAUAGAUACCUACAAUACUACAUACACUAUCUCAUGUACAUUGGUAGUGGGGGCAAUGAGUCAGUCGACAGUCUGUCACCGGCGUUCGACCUGAGUGAUCGUGCGCGGUCUGCUUGCCUUACCAGUGUAGAGAUGAGCCAGUAUUUAGCUUCUCUUAUAGUAAGGACGAGGGUCCUUACAGAUUUGAUGUAUAUUUUAAUAGAUUGAUAAUUAAGACCAAAAUAGUGAGUAGGCCAACUGAAGUUCACGCUACUGUAUUAAUGUCAUCGCAGCGCGAGAUUUAAAAAGUCCAAUGUUACGCACAACUUACAACUGCUAUCGUAUAUACGCCAUAGAAAAAAAAGUGUGUGGGAACUCUAAAAUUCACUGGUAUGUAAUAAUUAAUUUUUAUUAACACGUUCGCUGCGGCACUGAUACUUUCCGCUGGUGCGGAACGAGGUUUUUCGACCUCGUACUAAAACAUUAUGUGGCGCGGAACGAGGUUUAUCGACCUCGUAACGUUUACGAGGUCAAUUGAUCUCGUUCCGCAGCGAACGUGUUAAGAGUGUGGGUGCAAUGUAUGCAACUGUGAUAUCGAAAUGCUUUGUGAAUUUGCUAUGUAAUAGAUUAGUGUAAAUAAAUAAAAAAAAGUUAUGUUUAACAUUAAGUAGAUUGUAGUAAGCUUAGGACCUCACUAGCUAGAUUUAUUACCUUUUUUUAUUGUUUAAAACUAUUAUUUCUGACUAUUACUAAUAAUAUGUAGCACAAAUUGUUACAAUGACAUCAAAUCCACGUUAUCUGCAGUCGUCGGCGGCGAGCGUAAAAAAAACGCGUUUGUUUUAAACGCUCGUAUUUUUAUACUGAGUGGGUUUAACGCUCGUUUUAUGCUGCCAGUCCACCGAAGCGGAGUGAGGCAGCGGAGUCGAGAAACGGAGAAAUAUUAACCAAUUUGAUUGCACAAAAACUCCGCUCCUCUUAAGUGGACAGGGACUUGCGAGCUAGUUUAAAAAUUCAUAUGAAGUCGGUAAGCGGAGCGGGGUUAAAUAAAUUAAAUGUAACAUUUAUUUUUUUAACAUAGUCUCGCUCCGCAACUCCGCUCCGAAUUAGUCCGUUUCUCCGCUAUGCUCCCUCGCUCCGCUCUGGUGGACAGGCAGCCUUAAAAGCGGUUUUUAGACGCUUCUAAAACGCGCGUCAAUUGUUUUUUGUUGCACGAAAACACGAAAACACUUGCGUCUAGACAAGACAAUGGACACUGCAAGCGGACUUAUAAAAUUCUUGGGUUUGUCUUUAAUGCUUAUAAAUGGUUGAUAAUAUCGGUCAGGUCUCUAGAAGCGUCCUAGGCUGUCAUAGGUCAAAAACAGACAGAAAUUACCCGAGUUUUAUUCGAAUUCAAACUCAAUUAAUUUAAUAUUUCGUAUUUAAUGCAUAAAUAUCGAUCGAGUUACUGAAUAAACCAUUUUACGUUGAAUAUUCAGCUCGCUUUGCUUUACAAAUAUUUUUAUUAUACACAAUCGUACAUGUUUCUUAAAACACGACCAGACUAAAAUUGUGAUUUCAUAUAAUAAACCCCACACAAAUUCUUUGCUAUCCCUUGAGAAAGUAGAAUUGUAUGUUUUUCCAUGUAUUAUACCGUCCAAUAUUUCAUUAUCAUUUCCAUUUAUUAAUCGUAGACUUUCGAAUACUAGCAAACGGCGAGUUAUAGUGCACAGGAGUGUACAAAUAACACCUAAAACAUUGAAGUAUAAAUUCUUCACGCACGCCUGACUUGACAGAGCAAGUUGGUUAUGAAAAGUGUAAUCGGGCGAUGCGUGCUGCCAUCUACAGGCAUAAUGAAACAGGGUUUCUCAUUUUAAACUACCAGCAGAUGGCGCUCUUAGAGAACUUUGAAACAAACCCUUUUUGUACACUUCAAGAAACUGUUGUGUUGCCAUCUGAGUCUCAUAGAUGGCGCUUAGAUUUUUACUAUUGAAAGAAGUUUUACUUCAGUGGUGUGGUCUAUAGACACUCGUUUUUUUUUCCUGGCACCUCAAAACAUAUAUUCUAUUGUUUAUGGAUUCUGUAUUGUCUAUGGAUAAUCUCAAGAUGUAAUAAUCACUGUUCAAUUCGACAUCACGUCCUCGUAUGUGUUGAGGUGUCAGGAAAAAAAUAAUUAAUUUACAUAAUAUUCUACGCUGAAGAAAAGUCAUAGCAAUAUCGAUUUUAAUCCCAUUUUGUUUGCUUCUACAAUCACAUUGACUUGUUAUAAACACAUUAGUUUGUACAAUUUAAUCAACUAAUUAAAAGGGACCGUAAAUAGCACUCAAAUAGCUGAAAAAUAUCUAAUAAAUAAGUCAAUAGAAUUACUAUUAAGCCUACCAUAGACUAAAGAUUUUGAAAAAUAAUUCCGACAUGGCCAAGUGAUAAGGCAUUGACAUUUUUAGUAGAAAUGGAGUUUCAAAUCUACUGUCUACCAUUUUGGAUUUUUUUCAUAAAAACUAUGUAAUAAAUAAGUUUAAAUCAAUAUUAAUACUUGUUAGCCGUCUGAUCCAAGAUUAUGUGGCAAGUCAAUAGUUAUUAGCUGUAUAUACUAUGUCCUUAAUGUCAAUAAAAAUUGUACUUUAUCGUAAUAAAUAUAUAAUAAUUAGAGCGAGCCUCAUUAGCGCGUUGUGAUGUCGCAGCGUCGAGAAUGCGUUGUUUUCAUUAUAAAUGACAUGCCACAUUUAAGCAGCGCCGCAGCGACGUUUCAACGGAAAUCCGUUGCUACGACUUCGAUCCAUUGUUAUGGCUGACUUGGUGCACGCGUCGUCAUAAUGCACUGCGACGCCACGCACCGCACUAAUGAGGCAUCUCCCUUACGUGGAAUCGGAAUAUAGCGUCACCAUAGAGGCUAGAAGAAGUGCGUAGUGACUGUAUAUUUUUGUCUAGAUUAUUGUAACAAAUAUUUGUAAAUAAACAUUUGCCAAAGUA